CACUCAGCUGGGUAGGCUGCCUGACCACACACUCCUAUACUCACAGACUCCAGGAAACCUGGAUCUUUCUCUGGCAUCAGCUGGGCGCUCUGCUGGGCCUCUCAGCUCUGAAAUGCAGUAAGUUGUUCUGCUCUGUCUGGCUCAACAUCUGUCAGCCUGGCUCCACCGUGACCACAGGUGUUUUCAGUUUGGGCGGUGCUCUGUGAUAAGGGAAGCAAUGUGACAGGGGCAGCCAGCUUGCAGGAGUGAGUCUAGAGAAUGGCUUCAGGAAGACAAAGAGCGUGAAUCGUUCAAAUAACCAUAAAAAGCCCUUGUAGCUAGAGAGUGGAGAGUGAAGGGGAGGCGGUGAGAGAUGAAGCGGGAGAGAGAGAAAGGGGCCAGACCAUACAGGACCAGCUGGGCCAGGUAGGGAGAGUGGAUUUUAUGUGCAAUGGGCAGUCAUGGAAGGUUUGAGGACAGCGGUAGGGGAUCGUGAUUUAAUUUCACUUUUAAGAUUAAAGCAUGGAGAACAGAUGCAGGCAAGACCAAGAAGGGUAAAUAGACUGGGUGAGAAGAUGGGCCUUGGGCUUGUGGGCGGAGUGGAGAUAUCUGAAGGUAGCGUGAACCAGCCUUAAUGGAUUGCCGUGGGGUUGAGGCAGAGACAGGAAUCAAGCAUAUCUCCGAAGGGUUUCAGCCUAAGCACCUCAGAGGAGUUUACGCCUUGUUGUGAGAAAGCGAAGGCUGUGGGAGGAGCAGUUGGAGGAGGGCGGCGAGGCGCGCGUGUCAAGCAGGGACGUGGAGCAGGCAGUGGGAUGCAAAGGAGAUACAAAUCUGGCGCUGAGGGCGUCUCGGUGGGGGGCGAAGCCAUGGGAAAGGUCAGGUCGCCCUGGGAACCGGCGCAGGACCCAGCCCAGAGGAAGAGAGGCUUCUGAGGCCGAAAGGCAGCCGCCAGAGAGAGAGGAGGAAAACGAGGGGAGUCAGGCCAGGAAAACCAAAGCUCGGGAGAGCAUUUGCAAGAGGAGAGCGGUGAGGCAGGGCCUGAGCCCACAGCCUGCCGCGUGGAGACAGAGCGGGAGGUGGGCGGGCAGUGGCCCCUGCGAGGGGCAGAGACGAAGGCCACCGAGGGCCGCAGGUCUAAAGGCCCUGCCGGGGACCUCAGGCCUGGGGGGCUUCUCCGAAUGACGGGAACCUCGAAGGCCACACAGGCGCCAAGCCCUGGACAGCCGUGGGUCCGGCCGUCCCAGGAGCGGCCUGCGGGCCAGCCCCGCACGACUAGAGGAGAGGGGCGGGACAGACCUGCUGUCCAUCAGAGCCCGCCGGCCAAUCCGCAGGCUGCCCCGCCCCCGCCCCUCCCCGAAGAGGGCGCGCGGAGGACCCGCCGCCGCCGCCGCCGCCGCCGCCGCCGCCGCCGCCGCCGCCGCCGCGGGUGUGAGGCGGCCCGGCCUGGCCUGGCUCCCUCCGCCGGGCAGCGCGCCCAGGUAACUGGGUUUGGCCGGCGGGCCCGGGGGCGACGCUCCGCAUCCUCACCUCUCCUCCCCGUCGCGGCGCGGGCGGCGCUCGGGCGAGCGGGGUUGAGGAAACGGCUGCGGCUGGGCCUGUGCGGGACGGCGGGCUGGGCGGCCGCCUGUGCGUGUGCGACUGACUGGCGGGCCGGCGCGGGGCUGCCGCGCGUGACGGGCCGGCCGAGGCUGCCGGGCUGUGUCCGGAGCCGCUCGAGGAAGCUCCGCAGGACGGAGGACACGCUGGUCAGCCGCCAGCUUCGCGCGCGCCUGCGCGCGCGCCCGCCGCCAUUGCGCCCCGGGCCUGUCCGGGGGUCGCGGGGCGCAGGCGCGGCGGGUGGGGGUCCUCCCCACGGCGCGCGGGCGCCUUUGUUCCCAGCGCGCGGGCUGGGGCGGGGCCUGCAGGCACCCCGCCCCCCGCUCAGGCCCCGCCCCGUCUCCGCCCGCAGGAGCCGCCGCCGGGGCCCGCUCGCCGGCCGCCGCAGCCGUCGCCGCCGCCUGCUUCCCCGGCCGGGCCUCCGCCGC